UAACGGUAUUUUGCCGGGAUUUACUUAUUUACGUACACGGAGGUUUUAUCUAAACAACAUUUUUGCCGAAUGAGUCUCCGGCAACCAGAUUACGGAGGUUUUAUCAUUUCUCAAAAAACUUGAAUUUGAAUGUUUUGAAUGUUCCUUCUUUCUUUGAAAGUUAAGUCGUUUUUAAUAUAUUUUUCUUGGCUGUCAUGGCUGAUAAAUUGGUUGAGCUGCAUCAGAAGGUGAUUCAAAAAGAGCUCAUUCUUCACUCCUUGCAAAGGUGUCUGGACAAUAAGAUUUUUAAUGAAAAAUACGAAACGUUCAUUUUGGACACUCGGUAUGAAGAAUGUGACCAAAUAAGAUCGGUCCUGGUGGAUUCCAAAGAAGGAUCUGAAAACGUUGAUGUCAAAGACUUCCCAAAUUUAGAGAAAAUUGUAGAGGAAGAGGUUGGACAAAUGAUCAACUGGGUAGUAGACCUCAAACGAUCUUUUGGCCCAAUACAUAAAACAGACAGGUCGACUAUUUUGUCACAAUGUCAAACGAUAGAGGAGAAGACAAAAAGGAUGCAUGCUUUCCUCAACUGGUUAUUGCAAAAACAAGACUUAUCUGUGAAUCUCAAGACUAAUGUUUCUUACCAAACGAUAGACAAAAUUUGUGACAUCCUUGCAGACAAGAAAAACGUCAUUUUGCAGUCAGCAAGUGAUUUGAACAAAGAGAUAACUGCAAAAAUUUACGACAGCUGCUCACCAGAAAAAUUCGAAGCUUUGAAAAGGAAUUUGGUUGAAGAAAUAAAUGAUGUUUCAUGUGAAAUAGAAAAAUCGACAGGAAUUUUACAAUUGUAUGAAGGACUCCUUGGUGUAAAAGAAUAUCAAAACAUUCUUGAUGAAUAUGCCAGUACCAUAAAAGAAAUAAAAAUGCAUGAUAUAAUCGAAAGAAACAAAGUGAAAAUUCCUUGUUAACUGAGUUGACAAAUUUAUUAAAUUAAAAAUAUAUUUUGUACAAA